AAUGUCAUAGGUAAAGACCAAAGGUCAUGAGUUAGAAACCUAUGACCUUCCAUAAAAGGUAAGGUAUGGUUUGCUGUGUCGAGUGUGUCAUGAUCCUUCCAUAUUUCUUUGACUUGAUGAAAUUAUUAUGUAACUGAACAUACACAUACCCGAUUGCAUAUUGUGUGACCUGCAGCUACCCUUCUAUCAUGCUGAUCGCGAGAGAAACCGAGACUAUAUUCGUUUGUCCCAUUUGCUGUACUUGCAAUUGCUUGCCGCUUGAGCUUAAUCAUUCACGUUAUGUGUAAACGGUCUGUGUAAACGGGACCGCGUACUGUGACGUAAUGUUCCCGUGUUUACUUAGCCAAGCCAAUAGAUGCUGUGGUUACCUGGACAAUGAUGUCACUCCUAUAUAUAGAAGGUAACUCAACCGUCAAGUCUGACCCAAGGGCUUAAAAGGAUCAGCAACUACUGGUAUAUAUUCCACGCACGGUACAGCAUGGACGACGCAAAGAAGAUGGUCCAGGCCGCCAUGAAUGGAGACACACAGACAGUGCGACGAUAUCUCGACAAAGGAGUAGACAUUAACGCCAGCUGGAACCACCGCACGGCCCUGCUGGUCGCCUGCAGAAGGAGCAAAGCAGACACCGUCCAGUUUCUACUGUCUGCUGGAGCAGAUGUCAAUCAUGUACCAGGCAUUGGGCACACGGUGUCACAGACAGCGCUGAUCCAAGCCGCGGAAGAAGGGCAGCCGAACAUUAUCAACUUGCUGCUGUCCCACGGUGCAGAUGUCAACAAAACCGACAGGUGGCGCUACUCCGCACUUCUCUCAGCAGCCUCCAAGGGACAUGUGACAAGUCAGGAAAUCCUUAUCGAAAACGGCGCAAACGUUGAUCAGAUGGGGAUUGACAUGGCGUCUGCUCUCCACUGCGUCACGGGGGAGGAGUUAACCAUGAAGGACGCCGAUCCUUACCGCAUCUCAACUGAGGACUUCCUGCGGCUGUGUAGGUCGCUCAUGCGGGCCGGGGCUAACCCAAACAUCGGGACCGGGGGCGUGAGGGGAACCCCAGUCCAUGUUGCCGCUCGGGGCGACCAUGCUGAACUUACAAGACUUCUCCUGGAAGCCGGGGCAGACAUGAAUGCCGUGGACUCUCUGGGGAAGAAACCCGUGGAUGUGGCUCCAUCAGACAGUGCUACGAGGGCCCUACUGCUGAGUCCCAGCCCGCUGACGCUGUGCCAGCUCUGCCGGCUGGUCGUGUGGAACAGUCUCGGGAAAGGACGACUACACGCAGUAGACAGGCUGAACAUCCCCUCAGCACAUAAGGCUUUCCUUCAGUUUGUCUAAUGAUAUUUGUUUAAAUGGAAA